AUGGUUGUAGCUUCUGUCAUCUUUGCACGCAGGCUGCCAUCGUUACGAGCGGUGCUGAUGGGGUACUUCAAGACCGUACACGGAAUCACUGUUCCGGCCUUCUUUCCGGACGACUCCGUCGCUUCGGCACUGGCGUACGAGCCACGCGAGGAUGACGUUUUCAUCGUCACUUACCCGAAGUGCGGCACAACCUGGGUGCAGUACAUCACGUACGCCAUACUACACAACGGAGACCCUCCAAAUGGUGUUCCGGAAUUCCUCACUAAUUCUCCCUUCUUAGAGGUCUUUGGCGCAGAUGCAGUUUGCGCCAUGCCCCGACCGGGCAUCAUCAAGACUCACCUGGCAUUCAACAAGCUGAAGUUUUCCUCCCGAGCAAAGUACAUGUACGUGGCAAGAAACCCCUAUGACGUCUGCGUAUCAGCAUACCACCACAUCAGAACUCUGACGGCCUGUGAGGAAGACCUUAUAGACAUUGACGAAUUUGUGAAACGCUUCGUCUCAGGUGGCGGUCACGGUUGUUAUUUGGGAGACAGCCUUGUUCCAUGGUACUCUCGCAAGAAUGUAGGUAAUGUACUGUUCUUGACCUACGAAGGUCUCCACGCGGACACGAAACAGCAAGUGAAGAGAGUAGCUGAAUUUCUAGGGCGGGAGUACGGUCGACGCCUCUCAACCGAUCCAGCCUUGUUGCAGCGCAUAGUAGAACUGUCCACGAAAGAACGUAUGCGACCAUUCCUAAAGGGUUUCGUUAGAAAGAACAUAGAGUUUGUCGUUGAACAAAGGACAAGCAGGAAUUUACAGAUUGCCACCGAACUACAGAAGCUACUGGAGUUUGUGACGCACCAUCCACCGAGACACGAGUUUAUGCGCGACGGUUCCGUUGGGGGCUAUACUAAGUUUCUGUGCGAGAACAACCGAGCAAUCCUGAAGGACUGGAUUGCCGCCAAGACGUCCGGAAGCGAUGUUAUGCGGCUUUGGCCCGACGUUGGCGUUUAG